CAACACUGCACAUGGACAAAGACAAAAUAAUAGAAAAGAGCAAUGUUUAAUGGCGGACGACCAGCUAUGGCUUGCAGUGACUUUUAAAAGGCAGUAGCAAGAAGAAAUAGCAACUAGUUCAAAAUGAAAGGCGAAGAAAUGCAAUCUAUCAUGGCUGAGGCCAAAAGAAAUCGCUUUGCAACGAUUCCCAAGCUCUCUGACGAAGAUGUGGGAUAUGUUUGGGACACAGUGUCUGAGUUUAUUGGCAAAACAAUGGGAUCUCAAAAGGGUGUUGUCAUUCCAUCACUUGGUGUGUUUACAUUGUCUCAACGGAAAUUAGAUGUUGGCAACAACAAGUUUAUCCUUGUGCAAAGGCCAGUCUUUCAAGUAUCAGAAAAAUUUGCAAUGACACAUGCAUUGCAGACUACAAAAUACCACACUGACGGGCAAAUUCCAGUUGUUUCACUGAAUUUUGCUGCAAUUUCGCAAGAAACAAGCAUGGAGAGGGAUACUGUUGAGGGUUGUGUGCGAGAAAUGCUCCAAGCAUUAUCAAGAUCAGUCCAGACAAAGAAGAAUGUUGAAUUCAUCUUCCCAAGUAUUGGAAAACUGUCAAUCAAAGACUCAAGAGUGAAAAUGAAGUUUUAUAAGGAUUUUCUUCAAAACAUUGAUGGCUCUGGGGCUCUGGUGAAUGCUAUGAGAAAUAGACCAGAAACCAGUGAUUCUGUCAUUUCACGCUCGAUGACUCCAUUUGGACGUCCAUCAACAUCAGCAAGCACAAUCUACCUACCAAGAAUAAAUCCAGGCGAUGAGAUCGACGAAACCGGUAAUAAAGACAGCAGUAUAACUGGCUCAAAUUUAAAGAAGCGUUCUCUAAUGCCCAUUAUUAAUGAAGAAACAGCAGGGCUAGGGACCGACAUUGAUGGCCUAGCUGUUUUGGAAAUCAGCCCAAGAAUAGAGAAACAGAAAAAUGAUACUGAUAAACAAGGAGAAAAAGAAGCGAAUAAUGAGUCACCAAGACCCCAAUCUCCAAUGCGGCUUAAAACAGCACCAGAGAAACCGAUGACAUCACACGGGCUGGUGCAACCUGAUUCUAUGUUGCCUCGUAACGAGGUAACAUUUGACCAUUCAAAUCUAGAGCGCAUUAAACUGAAAACUGCCUCAAAGCCGUCAUCACGUGGUUUAAAGUCGAUACCAAAAACGGCGUUUGGAGACGAUGACAGGAACAAGGACUCUGAUUCGUUUGUGCCUGUGAAAAAGACACUUAGGACAAAAACAAUUGACAAAACAUGUUCAAACUGUCUUCAUGAUGCUGGUCAAGAGUUGUGCUACUUAUGUUAUCAACGAGAACGCAGAAAUGUUCCCAUUUAUCUCCACGAAGAACGCAGAAAAAAAGAACUCGAAGAAGACCGACUCUUGCAACAGUACCAGCAUAUCAAGGAUUACGAAGCAAUUCUCAAAGACCAGGAUGCAAAGGCGGCCAAUAGAGCAGAAGCACAGAAAGUUGCCGCUUUCAAUCUUGGUGUUUCUGAGGCAGUUAAGACAAAGAAAGCAGAACGACCGACAGAUUUCCAUCGUUCAUUUGUGUUUUACAAACGAAAUGUCAGCCCUCCAUUUGCCUUCACUCAACAGAAUUACCAUAGCGACCUUGCCGACCAGGUGAAGCAAAGGGAACAUAACUUACUAAAGUCAAGGAAAGAAAAGGAUUUCAUGGAGAGACUUGAGCAGGUCCAGUUAGCUGAAGACCUUGCUGUUCAAAGAGAACAAUAUUUGCGAAACAAAAGACUUCAAAGUGAAGAAUAUAAAAAAGCAUUGGAUACCCAGAUGCGUUUCAGGCCACUUCCAAUAGCAGGUGCCUACCCUGACGCAGAAAUGCCGUAUUUCGGUAAAAAUGACAUGAAUCACGAAAAAAUGAUCGAAAAACGAGCACGAGCAAGAAAAUUAUUCGAAGAUCAACUUGGAGCUGCAGCUGAAAAGAAAAGAAAUGCCAUCUUAAACGAUCUGCGAACGCAAAAAGAGGAAUCCCUAAUGCUUACAAGAGCGAAAACAGACUUACUCGAUGAAACAAUCAAUAGAAACCGGGAACGAGUGAAAAUUCGCCGUGAUCUUGAGGACACCUGGCUACAUGCUGCAAAGACCAAGCACGUACGGGAGGCGGAUGACAGGGUUCGUGCACAGAGCCCUGGAUGCUUGCUACAUGAACAAUGUGAUAAGUACCGUAGAUGCAAAGAAUGCAAGCGUAAAAUGCCCAAUUGCGGAGAGUCAAAUGUUUGGUGCGAGUCACGAUACCUCUCCGGCUCCAGGAUAAUGGUUUAGAAGACGGGAAAACUGUAAAGGGCUCAACAAUAAAGAGUUUUUGUAUAAAGAUUUGGCUCAUCAAAAUGAAAAUAAAUGUUAUAACUGUGAUUUUAGCGAUUUUGUGAAACAUUUAGGAAUUCAUAUCGGAAUUUAACCAAGGGUGUAUAAAAAUAAUUUACCAUGUUGUUGUUUGUUAAAAAUUUCAUCAGCAUCUAAUCUUGAGAAAA